AUGUGCCGUGCUGUUGUUGGGCCCCAAGGGGCUGAUGGGGGCCCAAGGGGUCCUUUGAUCGGGUCGACCGGCAUAAUGCUCUCGGGGAAGAAGAAGAAGAAGGAGAAGAAGGAGAAGAAGGAGAAGAAGGAGAAGAAGGAGAAGAAGGAGAAGAAGGAGAAGAAGGAGAAGAAGGAGAAGAAGAAGAAGAAGAAGAAGAAGCACGCACCACGGCACUCAACAUAACCUGCAGACGCAUGGUUUUCCCCCUUGUUGCGACAUACGACACGGCAGCGCAUGCGGUGAUGCUUGAG